AUGUACCAGUUUAGACGUGCAGUCACUGGGAUUGGCAAUGCAGCUAAAAUGGGUUGGCGUGACUAUGAACUUGCAGUACAUUGUACAUUUCACUCUCAUCGCAACAAUUUGGAAAACCGAAAACUUGUCAUGGAUGUCACUCUGAAGUAUUUGUUGGCAAUUAUGGAUGCAAGAAACUUACUUCAUAUGGGUCGGUAUAAAUCUGAUGAACUGCAGCAAAUGUGUCAUACCGUUGAUGAAGAGAUCCUGUUUCUCAUUAAAUAUAGUAUUUUGAGUCCUCACUGUGGGGUAAAAUCAAAUUCCUAUGCUACAGCUGUGUUGUUAUGUGCACUACAAUGCUACUCUGCCUUCACCUUAUUUGUUCUAGCAAACAAAGAAUAUGAGGCCAUUUUAUUUAUGAUUAUAUGCGGAGGAGGCAUUUACUUUCUGGAUCUCAAAAUUUUAGAGAAGACGCCAUUUACCUGCCAAUAUUGCUCUACAUCCUUCUUGCGCCAAGGCAGUUUAAAUCUUCACAUUUCUGAAGUCCAUGAGGUUCAAGCCCUUACUCUUAGUUAUUAUGUGGUACUUGUCUCGCCAAUUUCUGCCUUUGUAAGGUGGCUUUAUUACUGCAAGUAUUGCAAUGAAUCCUUUUCACAGUGGAGCUACAUGAACAGACAUAUUACAGUGAAACAUGGAAGAAACUUAGAAAAUUUUUAA